GCAUAUAUUAAUAUUUGGGGCAUUGAGUAGUUUUGAACAAGCAUAACUAUUUGCUUUUAAUUUGUAUUAUUUAAUUUUAUCUACAUCGUUUUUGGGGGCAGCUCUCAUUAAAUUUCAAUUAAUAAACAUCCACAAUAUCGCUUAAAAGUCCAGAUUAUAUUCUAAUAAAAGCAAUAUCCAAGCUUUAGUCUCAGUUCUGUACUGCAAAAGCCAACUUCGGGGUUCGGCUACGAGCAUGUUUAAAAUAUUUCUGCUGCUUUUUCUGGCUGCCACGCCCACGGACAGCGUGCGCUUUACGUUAACAGGACUUGAAUGUCAAGUGGUGGAUCCGAAGUUUUGUGCCUUCGAGAAUUGUAUAAUAAAACCAGUGAGUCGAGGCAUCAAGGAAAUCAACGGAAAGAUCAUAUUGCUGCAGGUGCCGGUGAAUAAUAUAUCGGUAUGUAUACAUUCUAGUAAAAACCUAGCAGGCUAUUUAUGUACAGCGGGGGAGAGCUCUCCGCAGAUACGCCUUCAACUGACGCGCCGCGGCUAUAUAAAGCACAUGUUAUACGCCGUCGAUAUCGAUGGCUGCCGGUUUUGGAUAGGUAAACGCCGCAAUCCUUUUGCCAGCAGCAUUUACAAGUCCUUGCGCCUGGACGUCUUUACCAAUAUCAAUCACUCGUGUCCCUACAAUCACGAUUUAAUUGUGAAUCACCUGCGACUCGACGAGAAUCUCAAUCUAAACCUGCCCAUCGCUGUGGGUGAAUAUGUGAUUAAGCUCCAUUGGAAGGUCCAUAAUGUUCUGCGCGCAAUUAUUAGCUGGAAUUUUCAAAUCGAAUAAGGCUUAGAGUGUCGGUGUUGGAAGAAAAGGGUUCAGGGUAUUCCCUAGUCGGCAUUUCCCGAUUAGCGCCUCUCGCUUGUGUAUAUUUUGGUAUUGAACAGCCAUUAAAACGCAUUUGCUUUUAA